CUCUCUCUCUCUCUCUAUAUAUAUAUAUAUAAUUUGGUAGAAUUGUAGUAUACUUCACGCUUUUCCAUCAACGUCUUUUGGUGCUGAUUUGUGUGCAUUUUCGCAGGUUUUAAAAAUGGUGAAGAUUUGCUGCAUUGGAGCUGGGUAUGUUGGAGGUCCUACCAUGGCAGUCAUUGCACUCAAGUGCCCAUCAAUUGAAGUGGUUGUUGUUGACAUCUCUGUCUCUCGUAUCACGGCCUGGAACAGUGAUCAGCUCCCCAUUUAUGAGCCAGGUCUUGAACAAAUAGUGAAGCAGUGCAGGGGAAAGAACCUAUUUUUCAACACUGAUGUGGAAAAACAUGUCUCUGAAGCAGACAUAAUCUUUGUCUCGGUUAACACCCCGACGAAAACUCGGGGCCUCGGAGCCGGCAAAGCUGCAGACCUGACAUAUUGGGAGAGUGCAGCCAGGAUGAUUGCUAAUGUUUCAACAUCAAACAAAAUUGUUGUUGAGAAGUCAACUGUUCCAGUGAAAACAGCCGAGGCAAUUGAAAAGAUACUCGCCUUCAAUAGCAAGGGCAUCAACUAUCAAAUUCUCUCAAACCCAGAAUUUCUUGCCGAAGGAACUGCUAUUCAGGACCUUUUUAAUCCUGACCGGGUUCUCAUCGGAGGGAGAGAAACUCCUGACGGUCAAAGGGCAAUUCAAGCAUUAAAACAUGUAUAUGCUCAUUGGGUGCCUGAAGACAAGAUCAUCACAACCAACCUCUGGUCAGCAGAGCUAUCCAAGUUAGCUGCCAAUGCUUUUUUGGCUCAGAGAAUUUCAUCCGUCAAUGCCAUGUCAGCUCUCUGCGAGGCAACUGGGGCAGAUGUUGCACAGGUUUCCGAUGCCGUUGGUAAGGACACCAGAAUUGGACCCAAGUUCCUUACUGCUAGUGUCGGUUUUGGAGGAUCUUGCUUUCAAAAGGACAUACUCAACUUGGUCUAUAUCUGUGAGUGCAAUGGCUUGCCCGAAGUUGCCAACUACUGGAAACAAGUGAUAAAGGUGAAUGACCACCAAAAAAACCGGUUUGUAAACAGGGUUGUCUCUUCAAUGUUCAACACAGUGUCUGGUAAAAAGAUUGCCAUACUAGGGUUUGCCUUCAAGAAGGAUACCGGGGACACAAGGGAAACGCCGGCAAUCGACGUGUGCAAAGGCCUAUUGGGGGAUAAAGCACGGCUGAGCAUAUAUGACCCACAAGUCACUGAGGAUCAGAUACAAAGGGAUCUCUCAUCAAACAAGUUUGAUUGGGAUCACCCAGUUCAUCUCCAGCCUAUGAGUCCCAAUACAGUGAAGCAAGUGAGCAUAGCUUGGGACGCUUAUGAGGCCACCAAGGAAUCUCACGGAAUCUGCAUUCUAACUGAGUGGGAUGAGUUCAAGAGCCUUGAUUUCCAAAGGAUCUUUGAUAAUAUGCAGAAACCAGCAUUUGUGUUUGAUGGCAGAAAUAUUGUGGAUGUUAAGAAGCUGAGGGAUAUAGGAUUCAUUGUCUACUCAAUUGGGAAGCCAUUGGACCCAUGGCUCAAGGACAUGCCUGCUGUCGCAUAAGAUGAAUCUGCACUCAUUGUUCUUUUCUUUCACCUGUUAUUCCGUGUGGCAUUACAAUUAUGUAAUGGUAUUUCUGUCGUUUCACUUUGGAAACCUUAGAACAGAUAUUUCUGUUGCUUAAUUUGCUGUUUUGAAAUAAUAGACCAAAAUUUAUGUUUUA